CACAAGAGCUGUGAGGGUUCAAACACCACACGCUGUCACCACGACGAGAACCCUUGACCUCGUCCGAGACCAGCGCAAGCCAACCUUGUCUAGGCUCACCUCUGAUCUUUACGCGCCAUCGUCAGGCCUGCUGCGAGCUCUGCACCCGGCAAGUCGUUGGUGAAGGGCACCUCAACCCCACUAGACAAAAUGUCCAUCGACUUCCCCAAGGAGGAGGUUGCCGUCAUCGAGAGAUGGCGGGAGAUCAAGGCCUUCGAGAGACAGGUUGAGCUCUCAGAAGGACGCCCCCGAUACACCUUCUACGAUGGCCCGCCGUUCGCUACCGGUCUCCCGCAUUAUGGCCAUCUCCUGGCCUCAACCAUCAAGGACAUCAUCCCUCGGUACUGGUCCAUGAAGGGCUUCCACGUCGAGCGACGCUUCGGUUGGGACACGCACGGCAUCCCCAUUGAGCACGAGAUCGACAAGAAGUUCAACAUCACUGGCAAGCAGGCCGUCAUGGAGAUGGGUCUGGAGAAGUACAACGCCGAGUGCCGCGCCAUCGUCAUGCGGUACAGGGAGGAGUGGCGUCACACCAUCGAGCGCCUCGGCCGGUGGAUCGACUUUGACAACGACUACAAGACCAUGGACACCAGCUUCAUGGAAUCCGAGUGGUGGAUCUUCAAGCAGCUCUUUGACAAGGGCCAGGUGUACCAGGGCUAUCGUGUCAUGCCUUACUCGACAGUUCUGACGACGGCCUUGUCCAACUUUGAGGCCAACCAGAACUACCAGGACGUGACAGACCCGGCUGUGGUAGUGUCCUUCCCCCUGGUCGAUGACCCAAACACCCAAUUGCUCGCAUGGACCACGACGCCAUGGACACUGCCGUCCAACCUGGGCCUUUGCGCGCACCCGGAUUUUGAGUAUGUCAAGAUCUUGGAUGAGAAGUCGGGCAACCACUACAUCCUGUUGGAGAAGCUUCUGGGCACUCUGUACAAGGACCCCAAGAAGGCCAAGUUCAAGAUCGUAGAGAAGAUCAAGGGCAAGGACAUGGUUGGCUGGAAGUACCAGCCGCUCUUUGACUAUUUCUACGAGGACUACAAGGACCUCGCCUUCCGCGUUGUCAACAAUACCUAUGUCACAGACGACAGUGGUGUUGGCAUUGUCCACCAGGCCCCAGCCUUCGGUGAGGAUGAUUACAACGUGGCUGUCGCCGCAGGGAUUGUGACCAAGGACCACUCGCCCCCUGACCCUCUUGACGAUCGCGGCCACUUUACCAGUAAAGUCAAGGACUUUGCUGGCAUGCACGUCAAAGAAGCCGACAAGCACAUCAUCAAGCAUCUCAAGGGGACCGGACGGUUGGUAGCUGAGUCGCAGCUCAAGCACUCGUACCCGAUGUGCCCCAGAUCCGAUACACCCCUAAUCUACCGUGCAGUGCCCUCGUGGUUCAUCCGCAUCCCGGAAAUUGUUCCGCAAAUGCUCAAGACCAUCGAGAAAACUCACUGGACGCCGUCAUUCGUCAAGGAGAACCGCUUUGGUAACUGGAUUGCCAAUGCUCGUGAUUGGAAUGUGUCGAGAAACCGGUAUUGGGGAACUCCCAUCCCCCUCUGGGUCAGCGACGAUCUGUCAGAGAAGAUUUGCAUUGGCAGUAUCGAGGAACUCAAGGAGCUCAGUGGCUAUCAGGGCGACCUGACGGAUCUACACCGCGACAAGGUCGACCACAUCACUAUCCCCAGCAAGAACGGCAACGGCGUCCUCAGACGUGUCGAAGAGGUCUUUGACUGCUGGUUCGAGUCUGGAAGCAUGCCCUACUCCAGCCAACACUAUCCUUUCGAGAACAAGGAGAAGGUGGAGAAGUGUUUCCCUGGUGACUUCAUCGCCGAAGGCCUUGACCAGACCAGAGGCUGGUUCUACACCCUUGUCGUGCUUGGCACUCAUCUUUUCGGCGAGGCUCCUUUCAAGAACUGCGUCGUCAACGGUAUUGUCCUUGCUGAAGACGGCAAGAAGAUGUCGAAGCGUCUCAAGAACUACCCCGAUCCUUCGCUGCUGAUGAACAAGUAUGGUUCUGAUGCCCUCCGACUUUACAUGAUCAGCUCUCCAGCCGUGCGCGCCGAGCCCCUUCGUUUCAAGGAGACUGGUGUCAAGGAGGUCGUGGCCAAGGUUCUUCUGCCCUUCUGGAACAGCUACAAGUUUUUCGAGGGUCAAGUCGCGCUAUUCAAGAAGGUUGAGGGCAAGGACUACCUGUUUGAUCCAUCCAUGGAAAGCACCAACACCAAUGUCAUGGACCGGUGGAUUCUGGCAAGCUGUCAGAGCUUGUUGGAGUUCGUCAACCAGGAGAUGGCUGGUUACCGCCUGUACACCGUCGUCCCCAGACUCCUGGGUCUUAUCGACACCACUACCAACUGGUACAUCCGCUUCAACCGGAAGCGUCUCAAGGGCGAGUACGGCCUUGAUGACACCCUUCACGCUCUGAACACGCUUUUCGAGGUCCUAUACACUCUCUGCAGGGGUCUUGCUCCCUUUGCGCCGUUCCUGACCGACAACAUCUACACGAAGCUCCUGCCUCAUAUUCCCGAAAGCAUCCGUGCCGAAGAUUCUCGCAGUGUCCACUUCCUGCCAUUCCCCGAAGUACGCCAGGAGCUGUUCAAUCCCGAGAUUGAACGCCGUGUCGGUCGUAUGCAACGUGUCAUCGAGCUUGUCCGUGUUUCGCGUGAGCGCCGCACCAUCGGGUUGAAGACACCUCUGAAGACUCUCGUCAUCAUUCAUGCCGAACAGCAAUACCUGGACGAUGUCAAGUCCCUGGAGAAGUACAUCACUGAGGAGCUUAACGUUCGUGAUCUUGUUCUCACCACAGACGAGGCCAAGUACGGCGUCGAGUACUCGGUCACAGCCGACUGGCCCGUGCUCGGUAAGAAGUUGAAGAAGGAUAUGAUCAAGGUUAAGAAGGCCCUACCCGGAGUCAGUAGCGAGGAGGUGAAGAAGUACACCGAGAACAAGUUUAUCGUUGUCGAUGGCAUCCGUCUGGAAGAGGGAGAUCUGGUCGUCAAGCGGAGCCUGAAGGAGGGGGGCUCGCCAAGUCUUGAGACCAACACCGACCAGGACGUCCUGACGAUUCUUGACACAGAGGUGCACCCAGAGCUUGCCCACGAGGGUGUAGCUCGUGAGAUCAUCAACAGAGUGCAGCGUCUGCGCAAGAAGGCCGGUCUGGCGGCCACUGAUGACGUCAAGAUGGAGUAUAAGAUCCUGUCAGAUCCUGACAACAUUGGUCUCGAACAGGUCUUUUCUGGACAGACAGCCAUAAUGGAGAAAGCACUCCGGAGGCCGCUUGACAAGCAAGAGUCGGCCGAGGCGCAGCAGGAUGCCAUGAUUGCAGAGGAGGAGCAGGAGAUCCAGAAAGCCACGUUCACACUGAGACUGCUCAAGCUAUAGGAUCACGCGGAUGAUAGAGACCCAAAUGUAGAGCUAGAGAGACACAAAAGCACCUCGCAAGCUGAAUGAACAAAAUACAUGAGAUAAAC